GGUCAUCAGUUCUAUUUCAUCAGAAUAACAGUGAAGAUGUAUUCCAACAAAAUCCGCAUUCUGCUCUUCGUGGGUCUCUGCUUUGCGGCAGCAGUGACUGCUUCCUCCCAGCCCGAUCCUGAGGACCUUGUGGUGGCCGAAGCCGAAAAAUACCUUGAGAAUUAUCCUUUGAUUCGUCGCGUCCGAUCCCCGGAAGGUGGCUCUGUUGUGAUCACUGCCACCAAGGACCGUCAGGUGGGACGCGAGGCCAAUGUACAGUACAACCACAAUUUGUACACCAGUCGCGAUGGGCGUGGCAGCAUCGACGCCUACGCCCAGGCCAGCCGGAACUUCGACCACAACCGCAACAACUUUCAGGGUGGUGUCCAGGGACGUUGGCGUUUCUAAGGGCAGCAGUCCUUCUAUGUAAAGUUAUGUGUUCUACAGACAAGUAUUAGACAGUUUCAAAGAUGAUUCAUCCAAGCAAAUAAAAGUGUUUAUCCAAGAGUAA